UAAUCAAUCAUAAUGAUGUUAUGUCCACUAACCUCCAUCGACAAGUAAAAAGGAAAAUAAAGAGAGUAAAUUGACACGCAUUAGCAAUACAUAACCGUAAUUAAUUAUGCAAACAACAGAGAAGAGACAGGCUAGAGAGGGAUACAAAUGGCGGAACCCUGCCAUAUCAAAAGACUUCAAACCCCCUCCGCCUCUUCUUCUUCCACAAAGCCAAGGCCUUUUUGAUUCCGAGUCCUUUCUCGCGAACUUCAUUGCGAUCGGAGGAGAAUUAGAGGAGGAAGCUUUUGCUGAAUCGGAAAUGGUGUUCGAUCACGAAUCCUCUCUGAAAGAGCUCAAUCUGAAGAACAAACGAGUCAUGGUGAGGUUUCUACCAAAGAUUGAUCUUUUUUUUUUUUUGAAGAUUCUUUUGUGUGGAUUCAAAGUCGGAAAAAAUGGUUUUUUGAUUGGGAAUAGGGAGGAGGAUGGUCGGAGGAAGGAGCAGGGCGGUGGCCGCCGUGGCUGCGGCCGCUGCUGGCGACCCGGUUCUUCGCGCAAUGCGAGCUCCACGCCGAAGUGCAACGGAGCGAGUGCAACAUGUACUGUCUCGACUGCGCCGGCGGCGCCCUCUGCUCGCUCUGCCUCGCGCACCGUCACCGCGACCACCUCACGAUCCAGGUUCGGAGAGGGAUCCCGCUCAUUUUUUCCUUCCUUUUUUGGUUUAGUAGAGCUUCGAUUUAGUGUUCCGCCGCCGCCUGAGAUUGCGAUGAUGCAGAUACGGCGGUCGUCGUACCACGACGUGAUCCGAGUGUCGGAGAUCCAGAAGGUGCUCGACAUCUCCGGCGUCCAGACCUACAUCAUCAACAGCGCCCGGAUCGUGUUCCUCAACGAGCGCCCACAGCCGAGGCCCGGCAAGGGCGUCAACAACACCUGCGAGGUCUGCGACCGGAGCCUCCUCGACUCCUUCCGCUUCUGCUCCCUCGGCUGCAAGAUCGCCAGCACCGGCACCCGCACCAGCAAGAAGAAUUCACCACUCAGACGGCAAACCACCGCGCCGGUGUCGGAAUCAGAGGACUCUUUCGCGAGCUCCAGCCGUGGGAGCGUGAGGAUGCAGAGAUCCACCCCUUCCGCGUCGCCGCCGGCCACCGGCGCACGGAGGAGGAAGGGCAUCCCCCAAAGAGCCCCCUUUAGCACUCAAUGACACUGCUUAAUUACAUAUUGUUUAUAGAAAACGACAAUUACCGACUAAGCUCAUUUCAUCUUCGUCGCGGAGCUAGAAACUCGAUCAAGAUGGAGAAGAAACCGAGGCCUGCCAUUUACUGGGCAUGAUGAUUGCUACAGCUUGUGAUGAACGAUCUGUAAUAAAUUGCUCCCCUUCUUCCUCCUCCUCAA